AUGUAUAGAUUGAGCGAUUUUACGCGACGUUUAUCCGGGUCACGUUCAUCAAUGAUGGAUGGAGCAGUGAUUAAAUCUCAAUUGGUUGAACAGCUUAACCGUAAAAAAAAUCCUACCAGUAAAACUGCUAUUCGAUCCAUUCAAUCACGUGUACCACCCAAACCAUUAAUUAUACAUACCGGCAAUGGGCCAUAUUCAGGUCCGACAUUCAACUGUAAAGUACUAACACCUAAAAAUGAUGGUCGGCCCUCAUCAAUCACUGAUAAAACAUGCCUUUUGGAACAGCCUGGCAUUUCGGCUGAUGGUAGAUGCCGCUGUACAUAUGUAGUAUCGGAUCGUGACAGUAAUGGUUGCGCAUUGGGAUUUUUGUUUACUUGUUUACCGAAAUAA